AUUUUGCUCAGUCGGGAGUCACACACACACACACACACACGAAAAAACUGGAACACCUGUGCAUUAGAAAAAAAAAAAACAAACGAGUGCGUGUUUUGUGCUUGCGUGAGCUACUCGUGUUUACUUACUUCGUUUUGGGUGACAUGUUUUUGAUGUUGUCGAAAGGACGUGUGUGUGUCGUCGGAUAAAGUGCAAAAAAACAUACCGGCGUAGCGAAAUUUGAUGCAAAUCAAAGUUUUCUCGAAAAAAUGCUGUAAAACUCGAGGAAAAGAAAACACUCGAAAUAGGGAAAGAGAAUGACGUCACCGAUAGCGCGACAACAACACGACGUGGCGUUAUCGAUGGUCGCAAACGGGCCGUCCUGUCCGACUAAUCAGCCGAAGAGGAAGAGCAACAUGCUGGCCUUCUCCAACAUGUUACAACACGAGCCGUCGGAUUGCCCGCUGCCAUCGGCCGGCUCGCACAAUCACCAUCAUUAUCGCCAAAAUCAUCGGACCGCUAGCAGCGGAUUCCUGGCCAUUAGAAAUCGAGGCAGUAAACUGAAACUGCUCCGUCGGGCCCAAUCAUCGUCGCCGUCGUCCACCAACGCUAAUGUGCCUACAGUUCAAACGCAUUUGAUGAGCAACGGCAGUAACGGCGUGCUGGAAGAUCCCGUCACGAUGGACUCGCCCUCAUCGACGAUGACGGCAACGUCGGCCGGCCCGGCCAAAGGCAACCAACAAGGCGGCGGCGGCGGCGCUGCGUCGUCGGGUCGCGGACGCGGCGUGGGCUCGGCAUCCGGUUCGCGAUCCGUUUCGCUGGCCAGCGUCAGCUCCGACGGCAGCAGCUCCGAGAGUCACCUGGUGGAGCAGGAAGACAUUGUGGCCCUGACGCAAGAGGUCCGCGCCUUCAAAGAAGCCCUGGGCAAACUCCGACGGCUCUUCCACCCCAAUGACAAAGACAAGUGCGACGCUCUACGGGUGGCCGCUCACGAGCGGCUCGGCGAAGUGUUGCGCAUCCUGCGGAUCAUCCUGGAGCGCUAUCCGGCCCUGCAGUCCACUGAACUUUUGGUCGCAGCGGGCUCCUUAAUCCAUCAAGUCAAAGAACAUCCGUACGAGGACGAGAAGAGCGACGUCAGAGAAUUCAUGGAGUCGAUCGACCAGCUGGCACUGGCGUUUAGCAGCAGAGUUUCGGAAUACCUAAUGGGCGAUUUGGACAGCAACAUCUCGCUGGCCAGUUCCGUUUCGAGCAAAACAAAGUCGUGCGAAAACAUCCCGUCCGAUGCGGAGAAUGGCGUCGCCUUAAUGGCCGAGCCGGCCACAACGGCCACCAGUAAAUCCGAGUCGGUGACAUCCGUCGUUUCGGGCGCCUCGUCCUCCUCGACGGCCAUCACCGACCAUCUGCAGCAGCAACAAGCCAACCUGACGGGCAUCCAAAUGGACGCCGUCCUCUUGCAGCUGGAGCAAGGCGUCGAGGUGGCCCUACACCGGGCCAAACUCUGGUCCAAGUACGCCAAAGACAUCAUGACCUACGUGGAGAAACGCUGCAAUCUGGAGAUCGAGUUCGCCAAGAACGUGGCCAAAUUGGCGCAGACGAUGCGAUCGGCUCUCAAAGAAGAGUGUUAUUUGCCGUUCCAAUCGAUCUACAUUACGGCCAUGGACCGAGAGAUUGACAAUAGCAAUUCGGCGCAGUCGACCACUUCUCUACUGACCGGCCACAAAUUCCUCGAGCCAUUGUCGGCGAGACGGAACGAGCACGAACGCUGCCGAAAACAGAUCAAAGAGACGUGGCAUCGCGAGCUGAAACGCAUGCAGGAAUCAGUCGGCAACUUGCGCAAGGCCAAGGCGCUCUACGUCCAGCGGCAGCAAGAGUGGGAGCGGGCCAAGGAGGCAGCACAAAGAGCCGAAAACGCGGCAGAGUCUUCCACAGAGCAGGCCUCCAAGCUGGACAAGAGGAAGAAAACGGAAGAGGAUGCCCUCCAAAAGGCAAUGGAAGCUGAGACCACUUACAAGGCCAGCGUCUGCGAGGCGAACGAGAGGCACGGCCAGUUGUUGCGCGUCAAAAGUCAAGUGCUGCAGCAGGUUCGCGAAUUGAUGCUGCAGUGUGAUCAGACCAUGAAGGCGGUCACUGUUUCUUAUUUCCAACUUCAACACACUGUUUCCGCUCCUGCACCUGUUCAGUUUCAGACUUUGUGCGAAAGCAGCAGAUUGUACGAGCCUGGCUCGCAGUACAUGGAAUUCAUCAGGAGGAUGCCUCUACCCAGCAAACCCAGUCGUGACAGCACCCCGACAGCCACGACAGGAAGCCCAAGUGGCACGUCCCCAGGUCCCUACACUUUUGAACCUUACUCUGAAGAGUCCACUGUGUCAGAAAAGGAGAGAAAGUCGAACGGCUCGCUCAGUGCAGACCUCAACGAAAGUGCCGGAAAGGAAAGAGUCCAAAGUGGAGGUCCAAUGAAAGCGUGGAGCGCCUCGGCCGUGUCGGGUGGCCAGUCCACCGGCAAUGUCGUCACCCAGGUCAGCAGCGACACGGAAAGUGUCGAAUCGAGUCCCAGUGCCAAGAGCCGGGAAACUUCGCCUACCGCCAGCCCCAUGAUGCCCGCAAGGCGACUCGUGCCCGCCUCUUCCGGUGACGAACUCGAAAAUGAACCUGACCCAGAAGUGGACGCCACCUACAUGGGCUACACCGCCACCCGACGUCAUUGCAUGUCCAAAGCGGCCGUCACGCAUACUUUUCGCAAACUCAAGACACCGUCUCGGUGCCGCGAAUGCGAUUCGUACGUCUAUUUCCAGGGUGCCGAAUGCAUCGAGUGCGGGCUCGGCUGCCACAAGAAAUGUCUAGAAAGUUUGACGAUCCAAUGCGGCCACAAGCGGCUGCCGCGCAAAAUGACCACCUUUGGCGUCGAUUUGAGCCAGCAUCUGGCCGAGACCGGCACGCAAGUGCCGCAUCUGUUGGCCAAAUGCAUCAACGAGAUCGACACACGAGGCAUCCAGAUAAAAGGACUGUAUCGAGUGUCUGGCGUCAAGUCCAAAGUGGAAAAACUGUGCCAGUCGUUUGAGAACGGGGCCGAUCUUGUCGAUCUGACGGACAUUCACCCGAACGUCGUGGCCAACGUGUUGAAACUCUAUUUGCGCCAGUUGCCGGAGCCGCUGCUGACGUCGCGACUCUAUCCGGACUUUAUCCGUGUGGCUCGAGAGUGGACGUGCCCGUCGGCGGACGCGACGGCUCCCGGUUUCGAGGAGCUCAACGAGCUGGUGCACAAACUGCCCCGGCACCACUACGCCACGCUGGCCUUUUUGAUGCACCACCUGAAACGGGUGGCGGGCGAGCAGGAGGCGAACAACAUGCCGGCGUCCAACCUGGGCAUCGUCUUUGGUCCGACGCUGCUGCGGACGUCGGAGGGCUCGGCGACUCUCUCCUCUCUCGUCGACACGGUGCACCAGACCAAAGUGAUCGAACUGCUCAUCGAACACGCCGACGCCAUUUUCGGACCGCCGGAUCCGACCACGUCCCUGAUGACGGCGGCCAUGGCUGCUGCUUUGCCCGGCAGCAGUCCAGCUCACCGCUCCGCUCAAUCGCCCAAAGUGGAACCGGAAACGACGACGACUUCUUCUUCUUCUAUUUCCUCGUCCACGUCCACAUCGACGUCGUUGCUGUCCAAAGUGCCCGUCGUCCGCUCCAUCUCCUUUCUGGAGAAACACCGCUCAAAAUCGCGAGACGCCGCCGAUCGCGACCACGCGGCCGGCAACGCGGCCAUCAUUUCGACGCCGGCCGAUCGGCGCAGUCAACACGUUGGAGAACUGCGCGAGGAAGUCCUCUUGCCCGGCUUCGUGGCAGACAAAACGCCCAACAAUUCACUAGACAUCGACCCCCUGUCGGAGGAAGGCUUACUCGGAGCGGCUUCAGACGACGACUUACCCGACUUCCUGCUGCCGGACGAUUCGAGCAAGACACGCAAACUGCCCGGCUACCUGAGAAGCGGCUCUGCCCCCAAAAUCUUCAAAAGUUCGCUCAAAGAUUAUCACGGCCUGGAAGGAGUGGAUUUGAACUUGCUGAGUAGCCAAGAUCAAGAAGCGCAUCCCGUCACGCCCACUGGCCGAGCAAAGAAAUCCAUCACGGACUCGAUCGCAAUGACCACUGGCCAACUAUCCGAGGCAGAUACAAUGGGCAGUCAUUCGUCUGGAGUUCGGGCUUCGUCACUGGUGAAAACAAGUGGCGUCAAUCCGUUCAUGGACAGUUCCAUCGAUUCGGAUCACAGCUGGGAGUCGCAUUCGACCGGAUCGAGUGGGCGUGGUACUCAGCACAGCGACCAAGGGUCUUUGGGCUCGGCCCAGCGAGCUGUACUCUUGCCCGGCAGUCACGACGAAACGGACGGUCGGUUGGACAUGUCGUUCACGUCGGUAUCGAGUCACCGCGUAUCGCAAUGCGACGAGAAUCGAGUCAAAAUUCAAGUCCCGUCGGCCGCCUCGUGCCCCAAUUGGAAUCAAGCCACCAACUGUUGCGGGCCGGCUUCAAUCGCAUCCGUCGAGUCAUCGUCCUCUUCGUCAUCGUCAUCGUCGUCCUCGAGAGGUGUCGUCACGGUGCUGGAAGGACCUCAAAGCGGCACUACCCUGGUGGAAUCGCUGUCCGGCGAACCCAAUGUCAAGGUUCAAGGUGGACACGUUUGAUUGAUUAAUAACAGAGUGUGCUGAUGAUGGGUGGAGGACG